UAUUGAUCAAUGUGAACUGAAAUUCUUUUAACUAAAAAUAUUAUUAAAAUCUUAAUGUCAAUACCAGAUAAAUAACACACUAAUGAUAAGCACAUUGGUGUAAAUGUUAACUUUAAAUUCAACCGAUGUAAAAGGGGUGUCAACUUAUGUGUUGAAGGAUUAUUCUAAAUCAUUUGACAGUUAAGAACGUUUUUACUUGUUUACCUAAUUCAACUGGAAAAUGUGAAAUCCUUGACGAAAACUGCUGAAAAAGAUAAUAACUUAAAAGUUAUCUGACUAAAAUUACACAUCAUUAUUGAUAGGUGGAUAUUUUAUUAACUACACGAAAUUAUUCUUAGUUUAUUGCGACGAAAUUCAGGAUGUCAGAAAACGAGGAUCAUAAUAACGCAGUAAAUAAACUGGAAACUGCCGUCGACACGUACACCGAUGCAUGCAAACCGGGUCAAACGUCCGACGUGAAGGUAACGCCGUUAAAAGUCAAACAGAUGAUGAAAUCUUUCAAGCUGUUUGACCAGAAUAAUGACAACACUCUGGACAAGAAAGAGCUAGGAGAAGCGUUCAGAAUAAUGGGGUUAAAUCUCACCAAGAAACAAGUAGAUGAUAUUGUCAAGGAAGCAGAUGUUGAUAAAAAUGGAAAAGUGGAUGAGCAAGAGUUUGUAAGGUUAAUUAUGAAGCAUAUGAUUACCCGGGAACAGGCCAGGAAAGAAUUACGCGAUGCAUUUUCUGUCUUCUCCUCUACAGAAGGGAAAGUAAACAAAAAAGUACUGGUAGACACGCUGUGUGUUUGUGGUGAUCCUUUAACAGAGAAAGAAGCAGAUCAGCUUAUGGCUGCCAUGGACACGAACAAAGAUGGAUAUGUUGAUGUAAACGAGUUUGUGAACUUUCUUACCAAGUCAAUGCCAUGUGGAUACUAUACAACAGAACAAGAUGAACAAAAUGAGACGCAAUAAUGAAUUUCAAAUAUUAUGCCAUGCCACCGGAUAUGACGUAGAGAAUGAUGUCACACAUUUCACGAAAAAUAUGUUUUUCUCAUUACAAAUGACACGAUUUUUAAGUUUUGGAGAAAAACAUCAAGCUAUUAUUUAAUCUAGCAUUUUACUCAUCAUUUUUUUAUCUAAACAAAAUCUUUGACCUGAAAUGCUUUUAUUUGGUACGUCUCAGGCUCUUCAAAUGCCGUCGGACAAGAUGACGUCAGUUUGCUGUGUAACGAACUGCCUCCAACUACAUAGUUUUGAUCAACAUUUUUUUUUAAGAUUUCAUUUCUUCUGAAAUUAUACGUAUAUGUUAGUGUUCAUCCGUGCUGUUCUACAGAAAUUAGAAACUU